UUGAAACGGCUGUGCGCCGCAUGGACCCGAGAACCCAAUUUCCCUGUACAAGAAUACGAGUUAAAUACGAGUUAACCGCAUGGGUUGACAGCUACGUCGUUGUAAGGGACAAACUGACAUUUUUACAGGCGCAAUCGGUGGCGAUUUAUGCGUGAACCAACCCGACUGACCAACGUGGGGAAGUAUGGUCAAACAACCACCGUUACCAACGGCGGCAUGGUGAAGCCUUCAUUCAGCAGUGGCUUGACAAAGAGCUGUACAUUACUGUAUUGUUAUUAUUUCCUAAUAAUAACCGUAAUAAUGGUCAUUAAAUGUAUCUUCAAUGACAUGUUUUUUUUUUACAUUUAGAGCGUGUAUAUAUAAACAUACUUUUUUUACCUUGAUAAAAAGCACUCAUUGGAGCAUUUUGCUAAUUGAAGAUGUGUGCAUGCUUGUCAUGUCACUCCAACCCAAGGCAUAUCUUCCUGUCGUGCCCAGGGAGCCUCCAUUAAUCCAAAAACGAUUGAGCCUGAACAGUGCUUGGAUGCGCAGCCAUGAUGCGCAAACAGGUUGUCAUUGGACUUGCUGUUCUACAUGUUAGGCAAUGCAGAAAACUCCAUUGCUAUAUCCUCUAAUAUGCUCAAACAUUCUCCGCUCCAUCACCAACCAGCACUGAGCAGCGCAGCCAUGAUGCGCAAACAGGUUGUCAUUGGACUUGCUGUUCUACAUGUUAGGCAAUGCAGAAAACUCCAUUGCUAUAUCCUCUAAUAUGCUCAAACAUUCUCCGCUCCAUCACCAACCAGCACUGAGCAGCGGAAUGACUGAAGGGUUGUAGAUGGACGUGUUGGCGAUGCGCCGGUGCAGCAUAACACACCGGUCUUCAUCAAACAGUCUAACGAUGUCGCUUUUGCCCUUGAGUGAGCUGCAGACUCUCCAUCAGAAGCUUCCUUAGAUUCAGCAGCUGCUUUCCCAUUCAAACACGUGACCCGAGUCAUAAUCUGUUGACGCCACGGUCCGCCAAGAAAUGAUUCCGGAAAUGAAUCGAGGAACUGUCCGACCAAAUCUAGGGCACGAGUCAAAUCUUCCUUUGGAACACGGAGCCAAUUGCCAUCAGGCCUGGAUGCUACAUGCUGCUGUGGGGGGUGACCCUGCCUGGGCGGCAGCGCGAGCUGUCUCGUCGCAGCCCCGAGCCGACCGGGCCCCAGCGUCUGCGAGUCCGUCUCAUCUACGACUCUAGCGUGGACAGUCUUCCAAAUGAAAAACGAGACUUCAUAAAGAUGCGGCUUUUCCCUGAGGCAGUGGAUUACAUCCAAAGUGCCUUGUUUGUUCGGAGCCCAGGAGCCAAAAUCCUCCUUAACAGAUACUGCGCCACCAAUCACUACUUCAUGAAGCACCGGGACCCCCACCGCUACUGCCAGAGCGCGUGCGCCGAGACGACACGGUGCGGCCCCGUCACGGUGCCCGAUGAGCACCUGCAGCAAUGCCGCGUGUGCGAUGAGGGGGGCCGGAACUGUGGGUCCAUAGGCCCCGCGGGCGGGCCGGGCGAGCCCGACGCUGACUACGUGCUGUACGUAUCGGCACUAGGCACGGACCGAUGCCAGCAGGAGGGUGUCGUGGCCUACGCGGCAUACUGCCAGUUGGAGGCUCAGCUCGACAGGCCGAUUGCCGGCUAUGCUAACCUUUGUCCGGACAAGGUGUCUUUGGACGCGGGUGAGCAGCCUGACAUGCUAUCCACUGUCAAGCACGAGGUCAUCCAUGCCCUGGGCUUUUCAGCUGGGCUGUUCGCGUUUUACCGGGACGAUGACGGCCAACCCUUGACCCCGCGUUACGGAAAUGGCCUCCCGCCGUUCAACGAUACGACGGGGUUGUACCAGUGGAGCGAGCGCGUGGCACGGCGUGUCUCUCGCCGCUGGGCCGUGCGAGGAGGGGAGCUCUCCCACCUCGUCACCCUCCUCGUGACUCCUCGCGUGGUGGAGGAGGCACGCGAGCACUUUGGCUGCUUGAGUCUCGAGGGUCUGGAGCUGGAGAACCAGGGGGGAUCUGGCACUGAGCUCAACCACUGGGAGAAGCGGCUCCUGGAGAAUGAAGCAAUGACGGGCUCGCACACACAGCGCCGCAUAUUCUCGCGCUUCACGCUGGCGCUCAUGGAGGACACUGGGUGGUAUCACGCCAACUACAGCCACGCCGAAGCCCUGGGCUGGGGGAGGGGCCUGGGCUGCGUGUUUGCCAUGCAGAGCUGCAAGGCCUGGAUGGACCAUCGCAGUGACAGUGGCCUGAACGUGGCUCCGUUCUGUAAGGAGGUGCGCGGCCACCCGCUGCGCCUGGGCUGCGGGGCCGGACGCUCAGCCCUCGUGUUAUGCAACCUGCAGCGCUACACCAACCCGCUGCCCACACACUACCAGUAUUUGGACUUUCUGCCGGGGGUGAGCUCCGCGGACAUGCAGCUGUACGGGGGCCUCGUGGAGAUCGCCGAUUACUGCCCCUUCAGCCAGGAGUUCAGCUGGCACGAAGGCGGCGCCUUCAGCCGGGGUUCAGCGUGCCAAAACCCGCGCAACCAGCCCGACGAAAGGGUGAACUACGGCCUGGAGACGUACGGCCAGGAAUCUGCGUGCAUCGAGCAGGGCUCCACGUUCCACAUGCAACGCUGUGGUCACAAGCGCGCGAUCCCGGACUGGGGCAGUGGCUGCUACCGCGUGACAUGCUCACCGAAGGGGGGCGUCACCGUAUGGAUUGGUGGCGUGGACUUCCCGUGCAGCCACGCUGGCCAGGCCAUCCGCGUGGCAGUUCGUGCUGGGCAGUGGCUGCAUGUGGGCAGCCUGCGGUGCCCGCCAUGCUCCGAGGUGUGCCCAGCCUGCCCGCCUGACAUGGAGCCAAGGCCCGGCACCACACGCCAGCUGGAGACAGAUGCAUGUCCCAGCUUUUCACCGGGCUUGACCGCCACUCUGUGGAUGCUGCUGCUGCUGCUCAACACCAUCCCGCACCUCCUGGGUGUCCUUUGCGUCGAACUCUGACCACUCUCGCCUCGUUUAACCAUACUUUGCCGUUUGCCGUCGUGCGAUUGUGCCACCCCAGCACUGGCAUGCGAAUUGGCAUUAGUACACUAUUGGUCCAGCAUGUGACGGUGAAAUCGAUGGUUACCCUCAAGAUGCACACAUAGAAUUGUGCGUGAGAAUUUUUUAUAAGCUGUCAGUCACAUUUCAACUAAUGCUUCAUUUUGAUCAACACGAGGCAUAAAAAUGUAAAGGUGACCACGACCCCAAAUUGGGUCGAUAAACUCUCUGGGGGAGGGGGAGCAAGGAGGGUGUGUAUGAAUUGUCUACGAUGUAUUUAUGCCCAUGGAAACUCCAUGUGAUGCUUUGAGCCGUUUUAGGUUUCCCACAUUGCCUCUACAGAGCACUUUCUGACUGAACACAGCUGAAUAUGGUACAAGUGUCACACUUGAAUUUUGAGCAGUCACCAAUGCCAACAAUAAAGACUUCCUUCCUUGGAGGCUCUGCUCACAAACUUGUCUGCUCCUGCUGUUCAAGCGAUGAUCUCAAACUCAAGUUCAGCUCAAUGCUGUUGUGGUGCAUGCUGCACCAACCUGACCACUACCAGCUCAGAUUAGAGCAAACCUCCAUUUGUCUAUCUAACCAUGUUCACACUUUGACCCACUAAACUGCAAAUUCCAUUCAGCAUUUAAUUAUUCACCCUCAAUUUAAUUCCAUGACAAAUGCAUUCAAUCGCACGUGGAAGAAUUGGUUAAUUUGUGCAUAUUUAUAAUUAUUUUCAAUCAUGCCAUUAGUUGGAAUGAAUGUAAUCUCUUAAUAUAAACGGAUGUUUUUCACAAUCAUUAGGUGUGCAGCUUGUAACCAGUUAAUUUGUACCAAUGAUAAAUUGGUAAAAUUGAACAUACAUGCUGUGGUGUCAAGAAUCAUGUUUGAGAAACCCACUUUAGACUCCGAGUAUAGAUGCAAACCAUUGGUGUUCGACAACAUAGACACUGCAAAAUCAGGGCAUUAGUGAUUAUACUCCAUUAAGCGCAGAUUUUUGGGAUACAAACUUAACGUCCGUGGCUGUUUCUUUAUGUUGAUCAUUUAGUGUGCAGUAAUAUAAUACUACCUCAGGUAAUUAUCAUUUUAUCAAUGGCUUUGAGUUGUAUAAGCACUUUAGUUUUAUUCAAUUAUGGAGGUUUUAUGGCCAACUUACCACACCAGUCACUUGGCAUAUUAAAUCUGUAUCAAUUUGGGGUGGUAUAAUUACAUUUCCAGAUAUGGCAUUUUUGGGGAAGCUCAUCAUGAUCAUAGCUGACAGGCUUUGACAAUGCUGUAAAAAUGAUCUACCAAGAAGCUUUAGAAUAGUAACCAAAUUAAUGUUUGUAACAACAGUUGUCUAUGUAAUGUAUACGAUGGAAUGAAAAGUAUUUUGACAGUGUAAUAAAAUAAUCCAAGUCAUUUGUCAA